GGGUGCUUCUCUCUCUGAAAUUUAUCUCCCUGUUUAACCUAUAUUGUUAUUGUACAAUUUGUCGUGCGUGGGGGCACGAAGCAUACGUUAUUGUGACGGUGAUAUGUAGGUAUGUUUAUUUUUAUGAAGCCUUCAUUCUAAUAUAAAAUGAAUGGUCUUCUGCAAAAUUGUGUUUUUUGAAAAGACUCUUGCCUUUGGAAGAACUUAAAAUUCCUAUCAUGGCAGAAUUUCCUACUGUGUGGGUUGAAAAUAGUGCAGAUUCUCUUCUGGACAUUGCCAUCAGGUUUUGUGUUAAGAAUCCACGUGCCUUUUGCCAAUAUAAUCCAAGAGAAGGUGGCUAUGAGUUACGAGAAGGCUUAUCUUUACCUGAGGAGAUAUGUGAGCGAAUGCUGGCUGUUUGCAAAAUUGAGUUAAAAGAGGGGGAUUUUGAGUCUUUAAUCAAAUUAUUUAAAGAUACUAACAGAACUCGACUUCGGCAAGUAGACUUGAGCAAUUCUCGCGUGACUGAUAAAACUCUAGAAAUUUUAGCCAAUCAUAAAAUAACUGAACUUGAUAUAUCUGGAUGUAAGCAGUUAACUCAAGCAGCAUUGGAUUCAAUAGCCAAAUUAUGGGAUGGCUUGCAGUCUUUGAUCAUUGGCUCCAGUUCUCAUAUUUUUGAAGAGCGUACUUCCAAAACAUCUGAGAUACAAGAUGAUCACUUAUUACACCAUUGUAUGGGUUUAUUAUAUGGUAAUGUAGAAGAUAAUGUUCUCAUACAUUCUGAACCUCAAACUCCAACUUAUUUACAGUUGCCAUUAUUGAGGAAGGUGGUAAUCCAUGAUGUACCAAAAUCAGAACAGAAUUUGUGUUUUAUGUCAUUAAUGAAAAGUGCUCAAUACCUUACCUAUCUUGAUCUUUCCAAGUGUGAACUUAAUGCAAAUGAAAUGAAUGCUAUUAUUAUGUCAAAGAACCUAAUUUCAUUGAUUUUGUGUGACGUUCCAAAUAUUCGGGACUUGUUCCAUGCAAUAUGCGAGAUAAAAACAUUAAGGCACUUGGAUAUAUCUAAUACAGCUGAUCAUGUAAUAAUGUAUGACAGUCCAAAUGCGACUUUAAAACGCAUAGUAAAAAGCUUAGAAAAUUUAGUAUCUCUUGAUAUAUCUGGAACAAAUCUUGCAGGAGGUAGAACGCAAGAUAGGUAUACAUUAGAAACAGGGUUGUAUGAUGAUAGUUUAACAGAUAUUCCUGGGUUAGCUAGUCGUGUUAAUAGACCUUUGGAGUUCUUAGGUUUACUGAAUUGUGCUUUUGAUGCCUGUUAUCGUCAUCAUAUUCCAGCAAAGAGGAUAGCUGGUGAUGCUUCAGAAGAGCAAAUUUUGACUGCUGGACAAGCGUAUUAUGCCCGUGAGCCAAUGAUACAAAAAGUGUUAAAUGAUUUAUUUCAAAUAUUUCGGUUCUCUACUUGUAACAACACCAAGCUGGCUCUUGAUGUGGUGAUGGAAGCUAUGAGGUUGCAUUUAAGAGUUAAACAUAUUCAAGUAUCGGGCAGUGCAUCUCUUUUUUAUAUUGUGAAAGGGGAGCACAAGGAGUUGUUUAAUAUAAAAAUGAGAAGGAAAAUCAUAAAAUUAUUGAUUGAUGCUAUGUUUUUGCAUUAUUCAGAUGUUACUAUGCUGAGAAAUGGAUGUUUGACAUUAAUUCAUUUUAAAAUACCUGAUGAUGUUUUCUUUGAUUAUGAACGCUUGGCAAUCUUACUUCUGCUCAUUGUGGCUCAAGAUGAUCAAGAUGAAUUUGUCCAACGGAUUGGGGUUUAUUUAUUGAACAGUCUAGCAUGUCAAGUUGAUGGAAUUGAAAAAAAGCUAGUUGGUGAUCGGGGAGCAAUUACAAUUAUGUUGCAAGUGAUUGAAAAGCGUUUGCAACGAAGUGUAUGUGAUGAAGUUAUGGAAACAGCGUGGAGUACAAUGUGGAAUGUUACUGAUGAAACCCCUAUUAAUUGUGCAAGGUUUCUGGAAGGAAAGGGAAUGGAUUUAUUUUUAGGCUGUUUAGAGGCAUUUCCACAAAAACCCGAACUUCUCAGAAAUAUGAUGGGACUCUUGGGCAAUGUAGCUGAAGUUAAGGAACUUAGAUGCCAUUUGAUGAAAGAUGAAUAUUUAUUAGUUUUCAGUCAAUUGCUAAAUAGCAAGAGUGAUGGUAUUGAAGUCAGCUACAAUGCUGCUGGAAUUCUUUCCCAUAUUGCAUCAGAUGGACCAGAACCUUGGAUAACACAUAAUAUAACUGCAGUAAAACGUGACGAAGUCCUCAAACAAAUGGUUGAAGCUAUUGAGAAAUGGAAUUUAGAUACAAAGCGCAACAUUAAUUACAGGUCCUUCAAGCCUAUCUUGAGGCUGCUUACAGUCGAGCACACUCCAGAGGCUCAGCAUUGGGCAGUAUGGGCCCUGGCCAACCUCACAAAGGUGUAUCCAGAGAAAUAUUGUAAUCUUCUGAAAGAAGAAGGAGGUAUAGAAUUGCUUCAAAACCUGCUGCAGAAGCCAAGUUACAGUAGAAUACAUCAGCUGGCUGAGAUUACCAUCAACAAUUGUGUCAGGUAUCAAGAAAGAAGCACAGAUCCAGCUUAUGAUGAUGAGGAGGAUGAUGAAGAUGCUCUUGAUGUUACAUAAAGUAAAAUAUGAAAGGAUUUAAAGAUAAGUGUGUAAAUAGCAGGAAAAAAAAUUACUUUAUAUAUAAAUAUUGAACCAAGUCAUAUUUUGAAAAACACUUGAAUGCUGAUAACUACAUUUCACCUUUUGCAGUUGAAGUAAAACAUUGUUCAAAGACAAGGGAAUGAAAAGUAAAAAAAAUAUUAUGCCCAUAGUUCAAUUUUUGUGGAAUUUUCAGUGUGUAAGCAAUGUUAAACUUUCCUGCAUGUUUGAAGCCUUGUGUACUUUUGGACCCUCUAAUGCCCAAAUAUAUAUGUGAAUGAAAUCACUAAUUUUUUUAAUAAUAUAUCUUGCUAUUAUGGGAUUAUUUUAUGCAUUUUUUUAAAUAUUUAAUUUUAGCUGUAAAAUAACUUUGUAAGAUUUAUAUAAAAAUAACCAUGAUUUUUUUCAUAGACUAUAGAAUAUAUAUGGUAUUGAGUUCAAGAUUUACUACAUGUGUUAAAUGUGGAAAGCUGGUACUUUUUACAGGAACAAUUGCUAUCUAUUGAGAAAACCAGUAAAUACAAAUGGUUUCAAACCAAUAUUUAAAUUUAUUACUUCUUGUACAUAUGUGUAAAUUUACUUUCAAGAAUUUAAGUUUCAAACUAUCCUAAGGAUUAGAAAACUGAUAGCACAAGUUUGUAUAAGAGAAAAAUCUUAAGCAAAUAUGUAAAGUAAGGGCAUUAGAAGGUUAAACUUGUGAACUGAUCAUUUUAUUACUAUUGCUUUAUUCCUGCUUCCCUCUAAAGAACUCAAUUAUUUCAAAUUUGAUACAAAAUUAAAACUUUUAUAUAAUUUCAAUAUAUCUGCUGCUAGUUUUGUUAUGAAUUUAGAUGAAAUAUUUAGCAUGGCUUAAAAAUUUGUGCAAUAUGUUGAUUUUUGAAGAAAUUUUUAAUCAAAAUGGAAAUAAGAUAUUUAUCUUAAAUUUGCAUUUUUUGAUCUACCUUUUGUUAUGAAAGUCUGUAAUUUCACUGGGAUAGUUGUCUUUAACUGUCUUCUUCUCUACAAUGGUGAUUUUGGAUUCAGGUUAAAUGCUAUUAAGAGGUUUUGUAAUAUGUUCAUAUAUAGAAUAGUUAUAGUGUAGUAUUCAUAUAGUUCAUAGAAUUUUAUAUUUACCAGUGCGUGAAUCUUUAAUAUAAUGUAACAAAAAUAAAAGUAUCAUAUAGAGAGUA